AUGAUAAUAUUCAGAUCGGGAGAGGUGCCACAAAAUGUCCCCGUCGUUUGUGUUAAUGGGCAGCCUGUCAAGGUAGUGGACAACUUUAAGUACCUUGGCCACAUCGUAACUUCCCGUCUUAAAGAUGACGCAGAUAUCGAGCGACAACGUAGGGCUCUAUGUGUGGUGGGCAACAUGAUUGCUAGAAAAUUUAAAUGCGUAGCGCCUGACGUGAGAAUUACUCUGUUCAAAGCUUUCUGCCAGUCGUUUUACACGUGUCAGCUCUGGACUAACUAUACUAAGAAGUCGCAUGAUGGCAUACGAGUAGCCUACAAUAACGUUUUUCGAAUCCUCAUGGGCCUGAAGCGUUAUUGUAGCGCUUCAGAAAUGUACGCGGAGGCGAGGGUCGACUCAUUCAAUGCCAUACAACGUAAGAGGAUUGCAUCGUUCAUGUCCAGGGUCCACGUG